CAAGUCAUAACUUCUGUUUCUGGUGUAAGGAAGUACUAUCCUUUCAAGGUAUACUGUAUGAAGAGUGUGAUAGAAACACUUGAGUCAUUUGUAAAAAGGAAAGGAUUUGAGGAGAAAUGUGAGCUAUGGAGGGAUAGAGACAUGUCAGAUCAGGAAUUACUAGGAGAUGUGUUUGAUGGACAGGUUUGGCGUGAUUUCCAAGAAUGGAAUGGGAAAGACUUUCUGUCAGCGCCGAGGAAUUACGGCUUGAUGCUAAAUCUAGACUGGUUCCAACCAUUCAAGCGCAGGAACGACUAUUCUGUUGGGGCGAUAUAUAUGACGGUUAUGAAUCUGCCACGGAAAGAAAGGUUUAAAGUUGAAAACGUCAUAUUGGUUGGGAUAAUGCCAGCGCUAAAAAGCGAACCAAAAUGUCUGACACAUUUCCUUCAACCUAUUGUAACAGAACUACAGUUUCUGUGGCAGGGAGUUCAUUUCACGUCGUAUAUGUCCCCCAAGUUUCCUCUGAAGUUUCGAGCUGCUCUCCUUUGCUGCGCUGCUGAUAUUCCGGCUGCUAGAAAACUGUGCGGUUUUCUAGGGCACGCAGCAAAAAUUGGUUGUUCUAAAUGUAAGAAGAAAUUUGAGAAGGUUGGUAAGAAAACAAACUAUUCUGGAUUCGACAAAGCCAGUUGGCAUUUGCGAAGCGACGCGCAGCACAGGAGAGAAGGAUUACAAGUACAGAGCUGCUGUAAUGUGACUAGGAGGAAAGAGCUUGAAAAGUCUUUCGGUACACGCUACACACCAUUAAUGGAUCUUGAGUACUACCAAAGUGUUCGAUUCUGUAUCUUGGAUCCUAUGCACAACCUUUUUCUUGGAACGGCUAAGAGAAUGUUCAAGCUUUGGAUAGACCGUGAAAUUCUGACUAAAACUAAGCUCAACAAAUUAGAGAAACGCAUAGGAACAAUAAAUCUUCCAAGCGGAAUUGGGCGUCUUCCAACCAGAAUUACCUCAAAUUAUGGGUCUUUCACUGCUGACGAGUGGAAGAAUUGGACACUGUAUUAUAGUAUGUAUUGUUUGCACGACUUGUUGCCACAAGAACAUUACCAAUGUUGGCAAAUGUUUGUCUUGACUUGUCAGCGUCUGUGCAAACCCGCGGUUAGUCGCGCCGACAUAGACUGGGCAGAUUCGGCUUUUGUAAUGUUUGGGAAAAAGGUGGAAAGGCUGUUUGGCGAACUGUCCAUCACACCCAAUAUGCAUCUACAUUGCCAUUUGAAAGACUGUAUUCUUGAUUAUGGCCCUAUGCAUGGUUUUUGGCUGUUCAGCUUUGAGAGGUACAAUGGCCUGUUGGGUUCAGAGACCACAAACAACAGGGAAGUUGAACUCCAAAUAAUGAGGAAAUUCCUCAUUAGUGAUUUUGCACAUAAUCUCCCUUUACCUAGCUACCUAAGUGACGUCUUUGGUCCAAUAUUUGAAAGAUUUAGUCCAAAAGACAAAGUAGCUGAUGUGCCAAGUGAAAAAGAAAGAAUGUUGUUGAAAAUGUGUGCCUCCCGCUAUAUCUCAAACUUUGAUUGGUCAGCUGACGAACAGACAAUCAAACUCCCGCCCGUGUUUACUAGAAAUGCACUGUCGCCAGAUGACAAAGAGUUCCUGCAUAAUACGUAUAAUGAAAUGUACCCUAACAAGGAAAUAAAUGCUUCAAACCUGGCAACAGUUGUUAGAAAGUACGGAACUUGUCAAGUUGGGCAGGAACUGUUUGGCUCUAGGAUAGCAGCUAGGUCAAGUAGAGCAGCGUAUGUCAUGGCUGCGUGGUUGGGUGAAAACGGAAACAUUGAUUCAAGCUCUGAACACAGGCCUGGUGUAAUUCAGAACUUUUAUGCACACUCUGUGGAAAUCGGUGGGGAGGUGAAAUGCCAUGUGUUUGCAGUAGUUCGCUGGUAUAGGACAUCUCCCUGUAAGUCUGACAUUGGAAACGGGAAGCCGUUUACUGUAUGGGAGAAGUCAACCGAAGUUGGCGGCCCGGCUUCGUUCAUACCCGUGCAGAGACUGUAUCGAAAAUCUGCAUGGGCAGAGACUGUAAUGGACGGGAAAAAAGUUGUCGUUGUCUGCCCAAUUGCUAGAAAAACUUUGCUAUAG